UGGGGAGAAACCCUAUAAAUGCCUGGAGUGUGGGCAGAGCUUCACUGAGCGUGGAAGUCUACGUUCACAUCAAAGGAUUCACACUGGGGAGAAACCCUAUAAAUGCCUGGAGUGUGGGCAGAGCUUCACUGAGCGUGGACAUCUACGUUCACAUCAACGGAUUCACACUGGGGAGAAACCCUAUACCUGCCUGGAGUGUGGAAAGAGCUUCACUCAGAGUGGAAAUCUACAUACACAUGAAAGGACUCACACUGGGGGGAAAUCCUAUAAAUGCCAUGAGUGAUGACAGAGCUUCACCCAUUCUUCAAGUUUACAUUCACAUCAAAGGACUUACACUGGGGAGAAACCUUAUAAAUGCAUGUUGUGUGGGAAAAGCUUCUUUGAUAGUUGAAAUCUUCAUAGACACAGAAUUCACAUUGGGGAGAACAGCGGUGUUUGACUCCAAAGAGAGUUUCUCAGAUAGAGCUUUCUCGAUUUUUCAUGUUGGUGAAUCACUUUUUAGAAAUGCAUCGUUUUGAGACAAAGUAAUUCAGUUUAACUAGCAAACCAGAGAUUAAAACAAUACCAUAUAAGACUUUCAAUAUAUAAUAUAAUAAUAUAAUAUAUAGAAAGACAUUUCAAAAGAGAGAUAGCAGACUGAGAGAUAGCUUCUAUUCCAGAGCUGGAAAUGAGGAUUCUAUGGAGCCAGCCCUUGGAUGCAGCAAUGAAAUCGAUAAUAUAAGACGAAGAACAUCUCUCUAGGUGAGGGUCUUGCUGAAAAAAGAAGGAAAAAAGAAGACUGAAGCAUCUGUAUUGCAAUUAAACACCCAUAUCAUGGCUGGCAUGAAGGAGAAAGCGUUUAUAUGCCUGGAAUGUGGGAAGAAUUUCACUUGGAGAUGUCAUCUGAAGCGACAUCAAAGGACUCACACGGGGGAGAAACCCUAUACAUGCCUGGAGUGUGGAAAGAGCUUCUCCGAGAGUUCAGAUCUAGAUAGACAUCAAAGGAUUCACACGGGGGAGAAACCCUAUACAUGCCUGGAGUGUGGAAAGAGCUUCUCUGAGAGUUCAUAUCUACAUAAACAUCAAAGGAUUCACACUGGGGAAAAACCCUAUACAUGCCUGGAGUGUGAAAAGAGUUUCACUGAAAGUUCAAGUCUACGUUUACAUCAAAGGACUCACACUGGGGAGAAACCCUAUACAUGCCUGGAGUGUGGGCAGAACUUCACUCAGAGUUCAAAUCUACGUACACAUCAAAGGAUUCACACUGGGGAGAAACCCUAUACAUGUCUGGAGUGUGGGCAAAGCUUCACUGAUAAUUCAAGUCUAUGUUCACAUCAAAGGAGUCACACUGGGGAGAAACCCUAUACAUGCCUGGAGUGUGGGCAGAGCUUCACUGAGAGUGGAAAUCUACAUACACAUCAAAGGAUUCACACUGGGGAGAAACCCUAUACAUGCCUGGAGUGUGGGCUGAGCUUCACUGAUAGUUCAAAUCUACGUUCACAUCAAAGCACUCACACUGGGGAGAAACCCUAUACAUGCCUGGAGUGUGGGCAGAGCUUCACUCAGAGAGGAAAUCUACGUACACAUCAAAGGAUUCACACUGGGGAGAAACCCUAUCCAUGCCUGGAGUGUGGGCAAAGCUUCACUGAUAGUUCGAGUCUACGUUCACAUCAAAGGACUCACACUGGGGAGAAACCCUAUACAUGCCUGGACUGUGGGCAGAGCUUCACUACGAGUGGAAGUCUACGUACACAUCAACGGAUUCACACUGGGGAGAAGCCCUAUACAUGCCUGGAGUGUGGGCAGAGGUUCGCUCAGAGUGGAAGUCUACGUUCACAUCAAAGGAUUCACACUGGAGAGAAACCCUAUGCAUGCCUGGAGUGUGGAAAGAGCUUUGCUCAUAAUUCAGAUCUACAUAAACAUGAAAGGAGUCACACUGGAGAGAAACCCUAUAAAUGCCUGGAGUGUGGAAAGAGCUUCACUGAGAGUGGAAAUCUACGUUCACAUCAAAGGAUUCAUACUGGGGAGAAACCCUAUACAUGCCUGGAGUGUGGAGAGAGCUUCUCUGACCAUACGGGUCUACGUUCACAUCGAAGGACUCACACUGGGGAGAAACCCUAUACAUGCCUGGAGUGUGGACAGAGCUUCACUCAGAGUGGAAAUCUACAUUCACAUCAAAAGAUUCACACUGGGGAGAAGCCCUAUAAAUGCCUGGAGUGUUGAAAGAGCUUUGCUCUUUCAAACCAAAGCACUCACACUGGGGGAAACCCCUAUACAUAUCUGGAGUGUGGAAAGAGCUUCAUUCAUAGUUCCGAUUUACAUUUGCAUCAAAGGACUCACACUACAGAGAAACCAUAUACAUGCCUGGAGUGUGGACAGAGCUUCACUGAGAGUAGAAGUCUACGUUCACAUCAAAGGACUCGCACUAGGGAGAAACCCUAUUCAUGCCUGGAGUGUGGAAAGAGCUUCACUCAGAGUUCAGGUCUACAUUCACAUCAAAGGACUUAGACUGGGAGAGAAACCCUAUAAACACAUUGUGUGUGGAAAAAGCUUCUCUGGGAGUUGAAAUCUAUAUAGACAUAGAAUUCACAUUGGAGAGAACAGCGGUGUUGACUCCAAAGACAGUUUCCCAGAUAGAGCUUUCCAGACUUUUCAUGUUGGUGAAACUCUUUUUAGAAAUACAUCCUUUUGUGACACAGUAAUUUAGUUUAACUAGCAAGCCAGAGGUUAAACCACCCCAUAUGAGACUUUCAAUAUAUAAUAUUAAUGGAGAGAGAGAUGUUUCAAUAGAGAGAUAGCAGACUGAGAGAUAGCUUUUAUCCCGGAGCUGUAACUAUACAAGACUCCGUGGCUUUGCAUUGAUGUUGCAUUGGGGGCUGGGUGGUGGUGGUUGGGGUGUGGAGGGAUGGGUGUGUUGGUGUUGUGAUGUUUGCUGAGGAAAGCAUUGGAUUUGGUUUUGCCGUGUACAACGACAAUAAAGUUACUCUAUCAUUCCAUUCUA